AUGGAGGCUAUUUGUGGCUUGGCUGCACUUUGCGAAAUGUAUAAUUCAAAAUGUGACAGCGAUAAGAUAAAAGUUGGCCUGGCCAUCGCUACCAACAUAAAGAACCAUCGCAAUGAUUUUUUUAUUCUCAGUUCGUUUCUGGCAGCCAAGUGGGCAUGUAGUUGUGUUUGCAGCGGCAACAGAGGUGGAUCGGCCCAUAAAAGCACAAUUACGGUUACAAUUACAAUUAUGGCUGUUACCUGUGAAAUCGACUACGAUAGCAAUCCCCAUGGCACCUAUUUCGGGGGCCAGGUUUUGACUGGCAGGGUUACGUUAAAACUGGACAAGAUGAAGGUGGUGAAAGCCAUCACCUUGAAUAUAACCGGUUAUGCCGAGACGCGGUGGCUUGAAAGGGUAACCACAAACCGGAGACGGAGACGUCGCACAUUCUACGGCCGGGAGGAUUACAUUGCGUCCAAGACUUUUCUAGUGGGAUCCAAUCAAAGCAGUCAAGUCUCCAUUGAAGCUGGCAUUCACACAUACAACUUUGUCUGUCAGAUUCCCCCAGAAUGUCCUUCGUCCUUUGAGGGCACCAAUGGGAGGGUGCGUUACAUGACCAACGUGACAUUGGUCAGACCCAAUAAAUUUGACCAGAACUAUACGCGUUGCUUUACAGUACUUAAGGUGAUGGACCUCAACUUCGAUAGUCCGCUGCUAAGGGUUCCCGCCCACAGUGAGACCUCGAAGACCUACUGCUGCUGGCCCUGCCGCUCAGAUCCGUUGGCCCUCCAGCUGACCGUUCCCCAGACAGGGUUUGUGCCGGGCCAGAGUAUCCCCCUCAGCGUGCUGGUCACCAACGAUAGCCACAUUCCGGUGGAGCAGCUCCUCAUGACCUUUGUGAUGCUGGUGACCUACCACAGCAGGCCUCCUUCAAUGCCUAACAGCACCUCCGAACGGUUGGUGGUCAACACUUUGAAGGGGGACUCCGUCCAGAGGAACUGCAAGAAGCUCUUCUCCUACGAUGUCAGGGUGCCGGCCACCCCUCCCACCUGCUUCAAACUGUGCGGCAUCAUCCAGAUAGCCUACCAGGUGGAGGUGGAGGCCACGGUGAAGGGCUGCCACCAGCACGAGGUAGUCAGCAUUCCUGUGACCAUCGGCAGUGUUCCUCUCUCCCAACACGUGCUAAUCCAACCUCGAGGUCAGAUCAGUCAGCCGCUGGACGUAAAUGGGUUGGCUGGCGGAAAUGAAGCCACAGCUCCUCCCCUCAACGCCGCAUGCCCCUGGGCUGUCGACGACUCCAUUCCUCCUCCCAACUACCAGGAGGCCCUUCACAUGCGGUCCACGGCUGCCACCAAAUCCGACGAAUCAGACCACCCGGAGCCAGCACAGGCCAAUACUCAUAGUCUGGACGGGAGUGCCUACAAGCCCCUGUACCCGGUCUUCGACAUUCCAAGUCCCUCGGCCCCACCGCCAGCGGAUUAUACCCAGAAUUACAUGGCCGAGAGGGCCUUUGUCAACCCGGGUCUGGAGGUGGACAAAGACAAGGGCACUUGGCUAUGAAAACCAUAAUAAAACUACUUAGGAACUCUA